AUGGUCAAUGAUGCCAGCAACACACAGAGCAACAGCAUGGUCUUGGCAAGAGAUGUCCAGGAGUUGCAGGGUCCCAACUUUCUAAGCGACACAAACAUCAAUAGAUUCUUCCGUCAUUUGUCAAAUUUGGUCGGAGGAGGUGCGUCAAUACAGUUUGUUGAUGUUGCGACUACUCAGCUUAUUGCGCACUGCCCCUUCCUCUCGCAUGAAAGGAUUGAUUUGACCUCACUUGAUAUUGGCCUGUUUGCGGUCAAUGAUAAUGAGAACCACGAAGCUGUAGGCGGAACCCACUGGUCCCUACUGGUUUUUGAUGGAACUCAACAACCACCCAGGUUCGUGCAUCAUGACAGCUCCGGUGGUAGAAACAUCGAGGCAACAAACCGCCUUGCCACAUCUCUUCGACGCCUAUACCCUGGGAUGGAAGAAGACGUUGUUCAAGCGCCGACCCCACAACAGAAGAAUGGUUGGGACUACGGAGUGUAUGUGAUGGCGAUUGCACGGGCCAUCAUGUGUUGGUGGUCGGAGGGUGCAAUUGACAGCUGGGUGGACAGAUUGUUGACGGAAGUGGACUCACAACUCAGGGAAGAUCUUGUGAGGCUACUGAUGGGCGAGAUUGAGUUUGAUGAUCUUGUUUGA